GGAACAUCUUCAGGAUGGAGAACUACCUUUCUUGCCUGUGCUGGAUUCUUAGGAUCAUCUGAGAUAGUCUGACCCUCAUCCACCUUACUUUUCUGACAAGGCACGUCCUUUCUUCAGGAGAGGUUUUUUCCAUAUAGUACAAGUUGAACUGUGGAACAGUUAGGCAGCACACCAGAAAUAUGGAGGAGGAGGACCUAAAUGAAAGAGGAUUGCCACAAAUUGCUUCAAUCAUGAAUAGGGUUAGAGACUUGAAAAACAAAUACAGAAAUGAAGACAAUAUCACAGAUGAAUUUAAUUUUACUAAAAUCUCAGCUGAUACAACAGAUAACUCUGGAACUGUUAAUCAAAUAAUGAUGACAACAAAUAAUCCAGAAGAUUGGCUGUGUUUUUUGCUUAGGCUAGAGAAAAAGGGUGUUCCUCAGAUGGAUGUUGGCCUACUGAAUAAACUCAUUGGUCGUUACAGUCAAGCCGUGACUGCGUUACCUGCAGAAAAGCAUAGCGAAGACGAGAGCUAUGCUCGCAUCCUUGUGAGAUUUGCAGAGUUGAAAGCUCUUCAAGAUCCAGAGGAGGCACGGGACCAAUUUCAUCUGGCGAGACUGAACUGCAAGAAAUUUGCUUUUGUUCACGUGGCUUUUGCACAGUUUGAGCUAUCACAAGGAAAUAUGAAGAAGUGUAAGCAGCUCCUUCAGAAAGCUGUGGAGUGCUCUGCAGUUCCACUAGAAAUGUUGGAAACUGCUCUACAAAAUUUUCAUUCACAGAAAAAGCAGUUGCUCUCAGAUGAGGAGAAGGAAAACUUGGGAGUAUCAAGUAAAGAAGAGUCUGGACUUCAGAAUAUAGUUGGAAAUCGCAGAAGCAUGAAAAAGAAUGAUUCUGGUGAAAAUUCUUCUACUAUUACAAGACUUAUGCUUGGGGAGGAGAAGUCACAGGAACUUGAUGCUCUAGUUAAUUACCACAAUCCAUUAAGACCACUAAACAAAUCUAACCAGGUCUGCCCCUUUGGGAGGGUCCCUGUUAAACUAGUAAGUGAUGCUGGUGAUGAUGUGAAGAUGACAGAUGUCCCACUUACAGCUAGUACUAUGAAAAGGCAAAUAUCCAGCUCCAAAUGUACAACCUUCACUGCACCUUUUCCACCAUCAGAAAAAAAAUCUAGUGGGAGUGAUACAAACGACCUGGGAGACUUGCAGGCAUUAAGUGAAAAAAUUUCCUUACAAUUGCAGGUGUUGGAUGAUAACAGCUUAGAAAUGGCUGCCAAUUCAACUGUAACUCUCAAAACCAAAAAGGAUACAAGUCUUGUGAUGAAAAGAGAAGAUAAUAAGGUCCAGCAUCAGGAGCUGAAGAUGCCAGAGCCAAGGAGUCUGGAAAGUCAACAGCAACAAUCUAGUUCUAGUGAAAGCUACAGAAAGCAGUUAGAUCAGAUUAAACUAAACUGUUUUAAGGACAGAAAAAAAUGGCCAGUUCAGGAAGUGACACAGAAAACCUGCCAUAGAGAGACAAAACGAAUGAGCCUUGAACAAUCUGGUCAUCCUAUUUCAAGAGGAUUGUCGCCCCCAGAUGCUGGUUGUAAGAAAAGUGAUCCAUCGCAUGUUUGCGGAACACCAAGUACCACAUGUGGCGACUAUAUGGACUGUUUCAGAACGCCAGUUGUCAAGAAUAACUUUCUACCAGGAAGUCAAAUUUCUACUCCCUACAGCCAGCUCCCAUAUUUCCUACCACAUACUCCAGCAACUCCAUUUCAAAAUCAAGUUGGCUUGCAGGUUUCAGCUUCUAUACCUUCACAUGAAUGUCUUGCCAUCAAAGGAAGAGUUUAUACAGUAUUAAAGCAAAUAGGUAGUGGAGGCUCAAGUAAGGUGUUUCAAGUACUGAAUGAAAAGAAGCAGCUGUAUGCUGUCAAAUAUGUGAACCUAGAGGAAGCUGAUCAACAGACUGUUGAGAGCUAUAAGAAUGAAAUUGCUCUCCUGAGUAAAUUGCAGCAACAUAGUGAUAAGAUCAUCCGCCUUUAUGGCUAUGAAAUUACUGAUCAUCAUAUCUACAUGAUAAUGGAGUGUGGAAAUAUUGAUCUCAAUACCUGGCUCAAAAAGAAAAAAAACAUUGAUCCAUUGGAACGAAAGAGCUAUUGGAAAAAUAUGCUGGAAGCUGUUCACACAAUCCAUGAAUAUGGCAUUAUUCACAGUGAUCUGAAACCAGCAAACUUUUUGAUAGUUGAUGGAAUGUUAAAACUAAUUGACUUUGGCAUUGCAAACCAAAUGCAGCCAGAUGUGACGAGCAUCAUUAAGGAUUCUCAGGUUGGCACAAUGAAUUAUAUGCCACCCGAAGCAAUAAAAGAUAUGUCUUCCUAUGGAGAAAAUGGGAAAUCUCGAUCUAAGAUAAGUCCCAAAAGCGAUGUGUGGUCACUGGGCUGCAUUUUGUACUGUAUGACGUACGGAAGGACUCCAUUUCAGCACAUAACAAAUCCAAUUAACAAACUGCAUGCUAUUGUUGAUCCUAGUUAUGAGAUAGAAUUUCCAGAGAUUGCUGAGAAGGAUCUUCAAGAUGUGCUAAAGCGCUGUUUAAUAAGAAAUCCUAAACAAAGGAUAUCUGUUUCGGAGUUGCUGAUGCAUCCCUAUGUUCAAAUUCAAAGUCAAACAGGUGUUUCAAAUGCAAAAGGAACAACAGAAGAAAUGAAACGUAUCCUUGGCCAGCUUGUUGGCUUGAAUUCUCCCAACUCUAUUUCUAGAGCUGCUAGGACUUUAUAUGAACAGUGCAACAGUGGUAAAAGUCUGGAUGUAUCAGCAUUUGCCAAACAUGGGAGUCAAAAAUCAUGGACAACAAAAUGA